AUGUCGCAGUAUACUUUGAUAUUUCUGUUCGUUUUAUUACACAUUAUAAGUGGAAGUUUUGGGACUUUUAAAACAUCUUGGGAAUUCGAUAAUUCUAGAAUACUGGAUGAGGUGACGAUAUACUUGAAGCAACCAUUUCAUCUUCAGAUUAAUAUUUUACGAUCCUGUUUCCUCAACAAUUUUACAACCAUUAACCUUGUCGGGGAUGCCAUUAAGAUUCUGUCUAAGGAUCGUGAUUUUACGGAAUCCAGAACGUUCACUUUGAUUGGUGACACCAGACCUAAUUAUUUAAAGAAUUACGCAUUAGGUCUCUCGGACAAUCGAAUAUAUAAGGAAAAGGGAUAUAUCAUUUUUGCACACAAGCUAUGGAUCUUUGUCGUAUGUGGAUCCUCGAAACCAAUUCUACAGCUACAAUUUCAAAGGAUCAAGACUUCGAUGUGGUGGAAUCACGAAGGUCGUUAUCUGAUAUGGGACAGAUUUGCAACCGGAAACAGUUGUAGAAAUGCAUAUCCCUUCCUUUGGACAGCAUGGAAAGCAAAUGUCAUAGCCACAGUAUUUUUAUGCGUUGAUCCUAUUGAAGGACCAACUUUAUAUACUUUUAAUCCUUACAAUGAAUAUUUUCCAAAACCUUGGAAAGAAGUUGCCAGAUACGAGGGACGCAAAGGACACCCUUGGAUUUUACUGAAACGCCCGUAUCGCAAAGGCAAAAAACUUUGUCGAGAUUUAAUUUUUGAUAAGACCAGGACGCUCGAUGGCUACCAUGUAAGAGUCGAUGCAAUGAAAUUAAUACCUACGAUGACGUUUGAUGACAAUGAAACUGGUUUAGACACUUUAGCCGGUGAGGAUGGUAUGAUAAUAAAGGAAUUAUGGAGGGCACUUAAUGGAACCGUAAUAAUGUCGUACGAACGCGAAUUAAUGAUCAACAGACUUGGAUUUAUAGAUCCAGAUGGUACUGGUUACGGAAUGCUAGGUGACGUUGCUGUAGGACGUCAAGAUAUGGGGGGAAAUUCACGUUAUGCUAUGGUCAAAUGGAAUUACGAAUUAACGCAACCCCAUGCAAUAUCAGGAUGGUGUAUACUUUCAAAACAUAGGGGAUAUUUGACACAAGUAACCAAAAUAAUAUCUUUCUUUAGACCGGAAAUUGUAAUGGCACUGUUCGCAGUGUGUCUUCUUACUUUUAUCAAACUGAAUGUGUUCCUUGGCCAAGGAUUCUUUCCUGCAUUACUGAAUAUCUUACGAAUAAUAUUAGCAGUGUCUGUACCGCGUUUGCCAAAGUCAAAUGCAGCCAAGAUAUAUUUAUACUGCGUAUCCUUGCUGUUCUUAAUCUUCAAUGCAAUUUUCCAAGGACACAUGGCUUCUUUGUUAACCGUACUAAUAUCAAAUUCUAAUAUAGAUAAUUUUGAGGAUUUGAAAAAGAAUAAACUCUCUCUUUUUGGCUUCAGUGGUUUCAAGGAAUUUAUAGAUGAUCCAGAAGUUUUAAAACUCUAUUUAGGCUCGGGUUCGUUUGGUUGCGUUAAUGAGAUAUUAAAGAAUGCUUCUACAGGAUGGUUAGGUGAUUGUUUGCAUCUUACGAAUUUUAUGCAUAAAGGUGGUUCUGAUCCUAAUAAUAAAAUUCAUAUUUCACCUCAAAUAAAAACUUUAGCAUAUUCUUUUGCGGUUCGUUCUGACUGGCCUUUAUUUAACAGAAUUAACAUUGUAAUACAGAGAUUGCGGGAGGCAGGUUUGAUUGAAUUAUGGCGAAAACAAUCUAUGGAAAAGGUUUAUUUUGAGGUCAUGGUGGAGGAAAGUGAAAAAGGUACUGUCAAAGUACUGAACAUUAGUGACCUUACCUUCUCUUUCCAAAUCUUGUUUAUCGGAUACAUUGUGGCAAGCAUUACUUUUAUCUUAGAAUUGCUAGUGGAUUAUCGAAAACGACGUAACAAAGUUAGGAGUAUUAAAAGAGUCAGUAUGAGGGACAGAGUUAGACAAUAGGAUGAUAAUAUAAUUUAUCGAUAGGC